UCCUGUCGGGCACGAGUCUUAUCCCGCUGACCCGCUCUACCGGCAUUUGCUUUGCGUCAGCUGUCAGACAGACCGCCAAUUCAAACAUCUCAAAUUUAUGGAUUUAUCUCCAAAACGAGAUUUAGAGCGAUGCAUAUGAAUGAUUUCGCUGAUUGGUCUGCGCGUUUUCGACACAAGCAUCGGUGGAACAUCCAGCUCGUCACUGUGACCGGGAGCUCUCGAUUUUCAACCUUACAGCAAAAUAUAACGUCUAUUGUUGAAGAAAAGAGUCUCGAAUGAGGAUAGAUAACCUAUUAGACGGGUUUUGAAUCUUAUCUCAAUGUAAAUCUGUCCCGCAUCUUAACUGAAAUCGAUAGUUGCCGCUCCGAGUGGAAAUACGUGACCAGCUCCUGUCCGAGAUCACACUCCCCAUACGCCGUGUUUUUGUGUUUAGCCACCAGUCUGGAGUUCAGCCCGUGUAAUAUGCAUCAGCGAGGGUCGUUCGUCUCUCCGUUGCUCAGUGGUGUUUUCUGUCAGUGUCGCUCUGAGGAGUAUCAGGGCUCUGAUCCCGGGGGUGGUGUUGGUGACCGGACUCUGAGCUCCACGCUUCACGCAUCAACAGACUCCGAGCACGGCCACGAUGACUCCUGCGACUCCCCGCAUCAGUGCCCGGUGUGCGGCACUCUCGAGCAAGAGCAUCGGCUCAAGGUGCUCUUCCAGAUCUUGGAUGUCAACAGAGACGGAGGCAUCUGUGUCAACGACUUGACCAUAGGGCUGAAAAAGCUGGGCGUCCAUCGCACUGAACAUGAACUUAUGAAAGUCGUCAAGGCUGGAGACAAGGACUUGGAUGGCCAGUUGGACUUUGAGGAGUUUGUCCACUACCUAAGGGACCAUGAGAAAAAACUUAGGCUGGUUUUCAAGAGUCUGGACAAGAAGAAUGAUGGUCGAAUAGAUUCACAGGAGAUCAUGCAGUCACUAAGAGACCUUGGGGUUCAUAUAUCUGAAGAACAGGCUGAAAAAAUCCUCAAGAGAAUAAGGAGGGGCCAAAUUUUGGCCCCUAUAAUGUAUAUGGACAAAAAUGGUACAAUGACAAUUGACUGGAAUGAAUGGAGAGACUAUCACCUGCUUCAUCCUGCUGAAAACAUUCCUGAAAUCAUACUCUACUGGAAGCACUCUACGAUAUUUGAUGUUGGGGAAAGUAUGAUGGUCCCUGAUGAGUUUACAGCGGAGGAGAAGAAGACAGGUAUGUGGUGGAGACAUUUGGUAGCAGGAGGAGGAGCAGGAGCUGUGUCCCGUACCUGUACCGCACCUUUGGACCGCCUAAAAGUUAUCAUGCAGGUUCAUGCGUCACGCAGUAACACCAUGGGUAUCGCCGGAGGAUUCGCCCAAAUGAUCCGUGAGGGUGGACUUCGAUCACUAUGGCGAGGGAAUGGCAUGAACGUUGUGAAGAUUGCACCUGAGUCUGCUAUCAAGUUCAUGGCCUACGAGCAGAUUAAGCGGCUGAUUGGCAGUAAUCAAGAAACGUUAGGUAUCCUAGAGAGAUUUGUUGCUGGAUCUCUUGCUGGAGCUAUUGCUCAGAGCAGCAUCUACCCCAUGGAGGUUUUAAAAACUCGACUUGCACUGGGAAGGACGGGUCAGUACUCUGGUAUCGUGGACUGUGCUAAAAACAUAUUUAAAAAGGAGGGUCUGGCAGCUUUCUACAAGGGUUAUAUUCCCAACGUGCUGGGUAUCAUCCCUUAUGCUGGAAUAGACCUGGCAGUCUAUGAGACACUAAAGAACUCGUGGCUGCAGAAGUUUGCCACAGACAGUGCCGAUCCGGGUGUGUUUGUACUACUAGCUUGUGGUACAAUGUCUAGUACUUGUGGACAGUUAGCCAGCUACCCCUUAGCCUUAGUGAGGACACGCAUGCAGGCUCAAGCUUCUGUGGAAGGCAGCCCUCAGAUGACCAUGAGUGGUCUCUUCAGGCACAUUGUACGGACAGAGGGCGCUAUUGGACUCUAUAGAGGCUUGGCACCCAACUUUAUGAAGGUCAUUCCUGCUGUCAGCAUCAGCUAUGUGGUGUAUGAGAACCUUAAGAUCACCCUUGGCGUCCAAUCCCGGUGAGGGGAAUCAGAAGACUAAUAAAAUCCUUAAUGAUUUUUUGGUUUUCCUCUCAUUUUCUUUUGGACUAAAGAAAGAGAUUGUCCAGGAGGGACGGUUUGCACUCAAGAGGAAGUGUAGCGUCAGUUGGCCAAGAAAGAACUUGCAUACUGGGAAGGGGAAACCUUUGUGUCAAAGACCUGAGGUUUACUUGGAUCAGUGAAUGACGGAGCAACUGGAAUAUAUAAAAGCAGGGACAUCAUUAAAAGUAUUGAAAGACAGAGAUAAAUAUUGAUAUCUCUACAUAAAAUACAAUCCUAGCUGUGAGUAAAAUGUGGCAUUCCAAAAUCGGGUCUGUAUUGAAUUGCAACACUCCCCUUUCCCUCCCCUGAGGUCAUCUGAAAGGUCAGGGUUUUUUGUUCUCUGGUGUUUGCUGCUUUUUUUUUUUUUAAUUAGGGAGCAAGAAUAUACAAGACUUCUGCUUUAAAAAUGCUUUAAAGUGUUGGUUAAUCCCCAAAUGAUUAUUUUGCCAUCAUUUACUCACCAUCAUGUUGUUGCAAACCUGUAUGACUUUUUUUCUGUGAAACAAUUGUUUUUUUUUUUUUUUUUUUUUUUUUAAGAAUGUUGAUGGUGCUCUUUUCCAUACAAAGGAAGUGAAUUGUGACUGAGACUGUCAGUCAAAACAGUUCUGCCUUAGAUCUCCUUUUUUGUUCCACGGAAGAAAUAAAUUCUUGGAGCAAUGUGAGGGUGACAGAAUUUGCAUUUUUGGGUGAGCUAUGCUUAAGCAAGGGCCAGACACCUGAUAGAUUCAUAGAGCCAGAUGUAUUAAAGCAUUUAGUACAUGCAAAAUGUAUUUAUUUUUGUGCAACGGGAAUUUUAUGCACAAAAGUUUUGAUAGAUGUGGUCAUACUAAUAUAGGUCUUGUCUUUUCAGGGGCCGGUUGCACCAGCUAUACGUAUGUUACAUCUUAGCCUAGUUGUGACUUAGCACCAAUUUACGCACUACUAAAUAUUUGAGCGUUGCACCGUUAAAUUUAAGUAGAACGUAACCCUACAUAUAAACUAAAUAUUUACGGAAGCCUCUGACCAGGCGUAACGGAUGGAAUAAAAAAGCAGACUCACUUAAUGACAUAAAUGAGCUCAUGUUUUCGACAUAUAUGAUGGUGUUGGCAUUUACACUCGUUUACAUUUACGUGAGAAAACAUUAUGUAAAAAACGUACCUCUUCAGCAUGAAACCGAUCUAGUGGUGCACUUUCCUGUGUACUCUGCCCGGUGUCAAUUUUCAACAUAUACGAAAUAGAUAUUAAAAUUAAUAUAUGUCAAUUUUUUCAGCCUGUUGUAUAAGUAUUACUCCAAAAGGGGGUUGUGCCAACUCCAGAAGGGUUAAGGUUAGGGGCUCCCUAUAUAUUUAAUGGCGAUUUGGAGCUCACGCGCCUUUUUGGAGCUAUGCCUGCAGCUAUACCCUUCUGGGAUGAAGGGAAGUUGGGACUCGGGCGGCUGCUCCAAGGAUCCUGAUGCCUGCCGCAUACAAUCUCUGUCAGUGCGACUUAUACAGAGAUGAGACUUAUCUGUUUUUUUUUUUUUUCCUGAACAACACGAUUUUGACUGCGACUUAUAUUCAGGUGCAACUUUAUUUCAGGAAAAUACGGUAUAUCAUAAAUAAAUAUUAAACUGCUAAUAAUUUUAGCCAGGCACCUUAAUACCGUGAUACCACUGUAUUUUUUGUGAAGGUUAUCAUACCAUUACACCCCUACUGGAACUAAUCAAGUGUUAGCAAAACAUUUUUAUUCAUCACUAUGGUUGCUUAAAGCAAUAGUUCACCCAAAAUGAAAAUUCUCUCAUCAUUUAAUCACCAUUAUGCCAUCCCGGAUGUGUAUGACUUUUUCUUCAGCAGAACACAAAUGAAGAUUUUUAGAAGAAUUUCUCAGCUCUUUUGGUCCAUACAAUGUAAGUGAAUGGGUGCCAAAAUUUUGAAGCUCCAAAAAUCACACAGUAAGUCAUCAUAAAAGUAAUUCAUAUGACUCUAGUGGUUAAAUCAGUGUCUUCAGAAGCGAUUUGAUAGGUGUGGGUGAGACUCAGAUUAAUAUUUUAGUCAAUUUUUACUAUAAAUUCUCCUCCCUGCUCAGUCACUCUCCACUUUAACUUUCACUUUCAGAUUCUUCUUGUGUUUUUAGUGAUUCACAUUAUUCAUGCAUUUGCCCCCUACUGGGGAGGGAGACUAAUUUCUAGCAAAAAUGGACUUAAAUAUUGAUCUGUUUCUUACCGACACCUAUUAUAUCACUUCAGAAGAUGUGGAUUUAACCACUGGAGUCUUAUGGAAUAUUUUAUGCUGCCAUUAUGUGCUUUCUGGAGCUUCAAAGUUCUGGUCAACAUUCACCUGUAUGGACAUACAGAGAUUACAUUUUCUUCUAAAAAUCUUAAUUUGUGUUCUGCAGAAGAACGAAAGUCAUACACAUCUGGGAUGGCAUGAAGGUGAGUAAAUGAUUAGAGAAUUUAAAUUUUUGGGUGAACUAUUCAAAUUCAGCCACUUUGGGACAUUUUAAGAUUAAGUCCAGUUGUAGAUCAAGUUAAAUCCAUUUUUUCUGUUUAGUUUAAAUUUGAUGUAAUAUGGGCUUAGCAUAAAUGCCGUGGGUUGAGUGCUAUGUCUGUGUUGAUACUGUCUGUUGUUGAGUUAGAGAAAGAAGUGCAACUAUUUAAUUUGUUUUAUAUAUAUUUUAUUAUUAUUAUUAUUUUUUUUUAAAUGUGUUCAUUCAGUUUAAAUAUAUUCUUGAAAUAUAUUUCCCACCAGUAUUGGUUUGCAAGGAAUUCAAACAUAAAUAUAAUGCUCUUAAACUUACUUCUAGUCAAUGAACGUAUUUAAGCACUUUAUUUUAAUAAAAAUAAAACAGACUUGAAUUUUCCAUAGGAGGGUUUACAGUGGAAUGGAAAAAUAGUGUUCAGUAGUUGUAGUAUUUGUGAUAAAGUACACAUUAUUUUAAGCAUUUAUGUUUAAUGUUUGCAUCAGUUUUGGGGCAAAAGGUUUCAGGCGUUGUAAAGAAAACACUGCAAAAAUAUCUUUGUUUUUGACUGGGACACAGGAUCUCUUUUGAAAAAUAUAGUUGCUAAUGGGUCUACUUUGCAGCAGUAGAUUAAUAUUUUAUAUAUUUGGAGAUGGCAUAAUUCAGGAUUGGCACCCAGAUGCUUAUAAUGUACAUUUUGAUCAACAAUGAAAAGAAAAAAGUUGCCCUCACAGCUAGACUCUUCUCCACUGAGCUCUGGAACAGAUGUCCACAUGUAUAUUACUUGUAUGGAAGUUUCAGUUUCUGAAGACAAACAAUUUGCCUUGUCCAAAUACCAACUUCAAUUAUUAUAAAAGAAUGGGUUAGAUUAGUAAAAAAAAAAAAAAAAAUGGUGAGCGCAAUCACUACACUUCCAUGCCCCAAUGGUGGUUAAACUGAACUCGGCUGUGGCAUGAUUCUCUUUGAAUCACUUCAGUCUUUGUAAUGCAUGUAUGUGUCUUGUCUGAAUACGCAUUGCACUGUGGAGUCUUUACAGGGCUUUAAAAGCUGUACUGUCUGCCUCAUGGAUACAGCCUAUUUUUGUCAAAGUUUCUUGUUUUGCAUUUUGCACCUCUCCUCUUCCCCCCCACCACAUUUUUUCUCUCAGAAGAAAUCUUUGGACUUGUGUGCUAGAGCCUUUUGUUUGGUUAUCUUGAGACUAAAGGCUUUGAAUUUGUAUGUGUUUGUGGCAUUCUACACAAUAAAGGAAUGCUGCUCUAUCAGACUGAUUAUAUCUAUUGCCUUACCGUUCGGCUGUUUGAUAGCCAUGUUACGCCUUCUGCAAGUUUAAAUGCACACUGUUUGCCACAUGUAUAUAUCACUAUGUACUGUGUCUGGGUUCCCCUAAGUAUCAUUAACAUACAUGCUAAAACACAUCCAAAUAUUUCUACUGCAAAACAUAUCAAGAUGUAAUGACACAUCUGUGAAGUUUUAGUUGAUGUUGAGAUGUGCAAAUCAAUGCAAAAAUGUUUAUCCCUCCCAAUUUAUGAAAGACCCCCCCAUAAAAAAAAACAUGCACCCGAUCUCAAAUUAAUUUACAUUUAUAAACAGUACAUAUGUAAAAAGUGUAAGAAAUUAAUUUUUUCCAUAAAAAUAAAAAAAGACUUGUAAUUAUAGUCCCACAUGAACUU